GACCAGAGACUGCAGACACAGUACAUGAGAUGACCAGAGACUGCAGACACAGUACAGGGGAUGACCAGAGACUGCGGACACAGUACAGGGAUGACCAGAGACUGCGGACACAGUACAGGAGAUGGCCAGAGACUGCGGACACAGUGCAGGAGAUGACCAGAGACUGCGGACACAGUACAGCAGAUGGCCAGAGACUACGGACACAGUACAUGAGAUGACCAGAGACUGCGGACACAGUACAGGAGAUGGCCAGAGACUGCGGACACAGUACAGGAGAUGGCCAGAGACUGCGGACACAGUACAGGAGAUGGCCAGAGACUGCGGACACAGUACAGGAGAUGGCCAGAGACUGUGGACACAGUACAGGAGAUGACCAGAG